CUCGAUGGCGACGGCUCUAAGGAAGACGACGAGAAAAGAUGACGGUGGCUCCUCGUGGUGGUCGCUCUCCUCUGUUCGGCGACGUCAAUGGCGGGACAGGCUUGGUGGGAGGCAGAACGACGACUGGGUAGCGACGAUCGGCGUGGCUUCAACGACGAUGCUCCNCGGCUCCACAAACGGCGACGAUGAACCUGAUGAUGACGAGAGGCACGGCAGAGCUGGACAAUGGCUAGGCGCGGCUCGCUCUUCUCCGAUUUCCCCUUCCCUUGGUUCACCCCUGACUCCUCACUCUCCCUCUUUGAUGUUCUGUUUCUGAAGCAUGUAUUAGGUUGGAGGGGGUUUGGUGGCUGGGAUAACAAAUUA